GGAACUGCAAGAUGGAACUGCGGCCUCAAAGCACAGCCAAACAUGACUCCAGAAACAAUGGGGACAAACAGCCUGGCCACUCACAGAUUAGCCCUGUGAGGGAUGACCUGACACCUGACAACACCAAUACAGGAACAGGGGAAGGAGAAUUGCCCCAGCCUAAAGAUGUUUGCCGGCUCGCAAACACUGAAGAAAUGGUUACGCCGCAGGAUGGAUCAAAUGUAGAAGACAACAGCUUGGAGUUGGAGGGAGAAGUCCCUGCUGUGUUUGUUGAGGAGGCUGAGAUAGAUAUCCCCAUGUUAGUUGAAGAGGCUGAGAUUAAGAUCAGAUAUUGCAAGUUUGGAUCCACCUUGAAACUCCCUUAUCCUAAUAACAGUGGUCUGGCCAGCACGUCGGGCCAUCUGUCCCCUUCCUUUCUGCAGAGGCUGGAGGGCAGUGUGUGGGUGGGUGUGGGCAGGGAACUGAGGCAAGACCUGGGGCUGCAUGGGGCCUACUCCGCCUUCCUCUCAAAGGCAGAGAUCACAGUGGAGGAUGCCAACCUCGUGAUGGAGGGACCUGAGAAGCAGAGCGUUGUGCGAGGAAAGAUUUAUGAAUACUAUGCGGAAUGUUCCUCGCACUCCAUCACAGACUCCAUAUUAGGUCUGUUUGAGGGGAAUUCACUGGACUCACAGUCGGUGGAGUUUGGAAGAUGUGGCAGCAGCCUCACUGAGCCUCCCCACUCUCGGGCCUCUUCAUCCGGGGAUCCCAGCCCUGUCAGCCCACUCAGUCCUACCACAGACACCAGGCACCCCCGUGCAUGUAAGGAGCACAGCCUAGAAACCAUAGCUGGGGCCAAAUGUAUAAAUCUGCCUCCAGAGAACAUGGGCAGCUCAGAGUUGGAGAUCUUUAAGGCCAAGUUUGAUUUGGGCAACUGCGUGGAGGUGGAGCUGUCUAAGAAGCAUGGGCAGGCCCCUCUGCAGCAGUCAGCUCUUAGAGUGAUGUCUGACAACUAUCUCCAGAUCCUCAGGGACCCAGGUCUGUAUGGGAGGCUGAGAGCAGGUGAUUAGGAUGAGAUCCAGAAACAGCGUAUGAGAGGAAGGCAGUUCCUAAUGGCAGGCAACAUGGGCCCUCAGGACUGGGUGGGGAGUAGUCCUCAAGGGACAAAAAGGGAGCAGAGAGUCACCACCAUACCAUGUAGUGGUCUCUACUAUUAUGAUGAUUAUAAAGACAGCUGGCACCCACUGUGUCCCAUCCCUCAGGAAGUCAUCUCCAAAGGCUGUGCCAUGUGCACUAUGGACAACUACUUAUUUGUAGCAGUGGGGGGCUGCCAGCAGGGUGCAGAUAGAGAGAUGAAGCCUUCCAAGAGAGUGUUCUGCUACAACCCCGUAACAUCAAUUUGGAAAGAGAUCAGUCCUAUGAACGAGUCCAGGCCCCACUGCAAACUGGCAGCCCUGCAGGGCUACAUCUAUGCAAUCGGAGGGGAGUGUCUGUCUACCGUAGAGCGCUAUGACCCCCGCUCUGACAGAUGGACUUUUGUGGCCCCACUGCCCAAUGAUACAUUUGCUGUGGCCCAUCAUGUCACAGUGUGCAACAGGAAGCUCUUUGUUCUAGGAGGAACACUGAGAUACACACUGUUGCGCUACAACCCAAAUAUCAACGUGUGGAGGAAAAGCAAAGAGAGAACCACUGAGAUAGUGGGAGUGAGGAACUUCCUAUAUCGCUUUGAUGUCAGCCCGCAGCUAGGCAUCAGUGUGUACCGCUAUCACACUGUGGCACGACUAUGUUACGAGUGCUGCACCAAACGCCUUGACCAAUGCCUCGCCUUCCAGUGUGUCGCCUUGGACGACACCAUCUACUGCAUGAGCCACCAGCUCACCAUGAGCUUCCUGGCUGAAGAGAUCUCUCCAAGAUUUGUAGCAGAUGAUUUGAGUGUCCUCUCUGGAGCCAAGGGCAUCCUUUUCCCGUUUCUCCUCUCACUUCCUGAUACGAAGGCUCACCAGACCAGUGUGUAACCUGGAAUGCUUCUCCUCAGCACAGACAAGGACAGAGCAGUGAGGGAGUAUCUAAUUUACUUGUGCACCAAGGCCAUUUUUCAGAGCUGAGUGUAUCCUACUGAGAAGCACAGCUGUCUUAAUCAGAGGCAAUGAAAGUAAAAUAUUAACAUCAUUAAUGGUAAUUCGAUUACUGCUUGUUUAGAUUUAUUUAGGGUACACUGCCAUAGAAAUUAUAUGUAUUGUGAAGGUGUUUUGUUCUUUUCAUUUUCCUCCUGCCUUGCACUACAUUACUCCUAAAUCAUGCAAGAUGUGCACUUUCUCCCCUGUAAUAAUUCAUAAAAAAAUCUUAAGUUAAUUCACUCUAGCCAUAAUGCUUUGGAGCAGUGGGGUAAUAUAGUAAUAAUCCAUCACAGUUGGUUACUAUAUAGGGAACAAAUAUGACUCACACAGGGACUGGACUCAAUACAAUUACCCACAUGUGAUCUAUAAAUAUGACAUGAGGUAAAAGGUUGUGACUUACAGCAUAAUGUAUGUGAGCUUCAAUAAACAAAAGUAAUUGCU